CGGCAGCAGUUCCCCAGGGAAUGCCAUGAUGCGGAAUUGGAAUCCACUGGAGGCGGACUACCUCGGCGACCACAACUCCUACCACGUUGACGUCACCGACGCACAGGUCGCCGUGCAGGGAUACAAGCCCGACCAUGAAGGACAAGUUUGCAAGUUUUUCGCGAGAGGAGAUAAAUGCUUCCGCGCCGAAAACUGUCCGUAUGAGCACGUUGCCGGCGGUGAAGACCUGGCGCCGCCGGAUCGCAGCGAGGUGCUGUGCUACGCACGCGACCUGCGCUGCGCCGCGCCGGGAGCCUGGCUCGCCGCCGACGUGUCGGCCAUCUACAACCCACAGCACUUCUACGUCGUGCUACCGUUCGGCAGCCACCCAGUCGACCGCUUGCGGAACGACGUUGCGCUGCAGCGAAGACUUGAAUUGGAGGAAAAUCUGGAUUCGCUCAUGACCGAUAUGAAUGAGCACUACUCACGGGCGGUGUACCGCGAUCGGCCGCUGGUCAGUCUGGCGCUUGGUGAGAUAGUGGCGGCACUGCACAUGGCCGACGAGACGUGGUGCCGCGCUCGCGUCGUCGACACCAACGACGACGACUGCACGGUCGAGGUUCUCUACAUCGACUAUGGCAACAUGGAGUGGCUGCCUGAGCGGCGCGUGCGCAUGCUGCUGUCGCGCUUCACACGCCUUCCCUUCCAGGCGGUCGAGUGCUUCCUCGAGGGCAUCGAGCCACCAGGGGGCGACGGUGCGGGCUGGAACGAGGACGCGACGCGCGUCGCCGAGGACCUCGUCGACGGACGCACGCUCACGGCCAAGGUCGUGUCGUGGGAAGAGAAUGGAAUGCUGCAUGCUGAGCUAUACUACAUUGACUCUGAUUGUCCAACAAACAUUGUUGACAUCGGUGCCGCCCUGGUGGAGAGUGGAGUUGCUCGAUAUGUGUCCUCUCCUCAGAGCCUGAAUAAUACUAUGCACUGAACAUUGCUUGUAGUCACUGUGGCAGUAGAUGCGAGUUCAGUACUGUAACCACAAUGGAUGUAUCAAAAUAUUUCCAAUUUAUCUGGAGAGGUGGCUGUGAUAAAAUUGACGUGUUGGACAUCAGAGAUUAUUUUACUUUAAAUGGCGUUGAUAAAAAUCGUGGACAAACUUGGUUAUUUUAUCAGGAAAAGAACGAGGAAAUCAAGGAUGAAGAUGAUUUCAGAGAAUCAGGCUUUGAAGUCAAAAAACUUUCUUCAUUUUGCAAAGUAUUUUUGCAAUCACUUCCAUGCUAUGAAUGUUUGAUUUAUGCUCGUCUUACGAAGCAAUCUUGGAAAUUUGACUUGACUUUUUUUGAAGAAAAGUGAUCAUGAAGCUAUAUUUGGAGAGCAAUUUAACCCUUACUACAAAUUCGGUGGGUGUAUUUUUGUUUAAUUUGAAGAAAACUUUUGUAGUUUGAUAUGUCUAAUGACGAUUUGUAUUCUGUUCAGCGUAAAUUUCUUGUUUGUUAUAUGUUAAUGUGUUAUAUGUGUACCUUUCGUGUAUUUUGUACUGUAUGUAUCUUUUUAUGUAUACUUUCAUAUUAAAGAAGGUAUUAAGCCAAAGAUA